UCUAUCAUAUUCGUAUAUGAGCUGUGUUUUCAUCACACGAAGCCCUCUUCCUCCCUCAAAGCCCCGACCCGGAAUUUUCCAAUUCCCCUCAUCAUCUUCAUCUUCAUCAUCAUCUUCUUCUUCUUCUUCUCCUCUCUUUGUGCCUCACAUAAAUAUUAAAAAAGGGGUCGUGAGAGAAAGGUCUUUACUUGAGAGAGGUCUUUUUGGUUUCUUACAGUUUUCGGGUUUCGCCUGAAUUGUCUCUGACCUUCACUCUCUCUUUCUCUUUACUUUGAAAUUCCCAUUGAUCUUCUCAUCUUGUGAGUUUAAUGUCAAUACAAAUCUGUUGAAGAAAGGUCAGAGAUUGUUUGUUUGCUCUUUUUCUUCUAUUCGAGGGUUUUUGUCUUCGUUGAGCUCUUGAAAUUUCGUGUUUUUAAUCUAAUCGUAUCAUGUAAUGUGUCAUUGAUUUCGAUAUGGUAACUGGGUUUUGAAUUAGUCUCUGAGCCAUCCAAGCGAAAAGCUUUAGACUUUUUGUUUCUCCUGUUGCUGCUAUUGAAAGAUCUGUGUCUUCGUAUACCCUUUUAUGGAGUUUGUGAUCAUCGUUUUCAAGGUUGAGGCUUGAGAGAGGGAUGUAUUAAGCAAAAAGUUUGGAUUUUUAUUCCGGUAGCUGCAAGAAUAAGUUACUGCUCUUUUAGAUUAUAUCUGAUCAAGACAAUGAGCCGUAGGGUAAGGAGAAAGUUGGAGGAGGGAAAUGGGAAAGAUAAGGUUGUUUUGCCAAGUUAUCCUGAGACUAGCGAUGAGGAUUUAGUAGUAGUAGCUCCUGAGAUUCUUCUUCAUGGUUUUGUUGAUUGGACUAGUCUGCCUUAUGACACAGUGAUUCAGUUGUUUACUUGUUUGAACUAUCGUGAUCGAGCUAGCUUGGCGUCAACUUGUAAGACGUGGAGAGGUCUUGGUGCUUCUUCUUGUUUGUGGAGUUCUUUGGAUCUUCGUGCUCAUAAGUUUGGUGCUACAAUGGCGGCUUCUCUUGCUUCUAGGUGUGUUAAUCUUCAUAAGUUGAGGUUUCGUGGGAUUGAAUCAGCUGAUUCCCUUAUACAUCUCAAAGCAAGGAAUCUACUUGAAGUAAGCGGCGACUAUUGCAGGAAGAUCACAGAUGCUACAUUGUCAAUGAUCGUGGCACGUCAUGAGGCACUUGAGAGUCUCCAACUUGGACCAGACUUUUGUGAGAAGAUCACUAGUGAUGCUAUAAAAGCUGUAGCCUUUUGUUGUCCAAAGCUUAAAAAGCUUCGCCUUUCCGGGAUUAGAGAUGUUACUUCUGAAGCCAUUGAAGCUCUGGCCAAACAUUGUCCACGGCUCACUGAUCUCGGGUUUUUAGAUUGUCUAAACAUCGAUGAGGAGGCUCUGGGAAAAGUUGUAUCUGUUCGGUACCUCUCUGUUGCUGGGACAUCAAACAUAAAAUGGUCAAUUGCAUCGAAUAAAUGGGAUAAGCUUCCGAAACUAACCUGUUUAGAUGUCUCUAGGACUGACAUUGGUCCCUCCACAGUUUCUAGGUUCUUGACAUCGUCGCAGAGCUUAAAAGUAUUGUGUGCUUUAAACUGUCAUGUCCUCGAAGAGGAUACAAGUUUCAUCAGCUCCAACAGAUUCAAAGGAAAAGUCAUACUUGCUCUGUUCACUAACGUUUUCGAUGGACUUGCUUCUAUAUUCGCCGGUUAUACAAAGAAACCCAAGGAGAUCUUUUCCUAUUGGAGAGAAUUGAUGAAAACAACCAAGCAUAAAGCCGUUGAUGACAUUAUGCUUUGGAGCGAAUGGUUUAUCUCUCAUACGCUUCUACGAACUGCAGAGUGUAAUCCACAAGGAUUGGAUGAAUUUUGGCUGAAUCAAGGAGCCGCAUUGCUGCUUACUUUAAUGCAAAGCUCACAGGAAGAUGUCCAAGAGAGAUCAGCUACUGGACUUGCAACCUUUGUAGUUAUUGAUGAUGAGAAUGCUAGUAUAGACUGUGGAAGAGCUGAAGCAGUUAUGAAAGAUGGAGGUAUCCGUCUUCUUCUAGAACUUGCCAACUCAUGGCGAGAAGGGCUUCAGUCAGAAGCUGCAAAGGCUAUUGCAAAUUUGUCGGUAAAUGCUAAUGUUGCAAAGUCUGUUGCUGAAGAAGGAGGAAUCAGAAUUCUCGCUGGUUUGGCAAAGUCAAUGAACAGACUUGUGGCUGAGGAAGCUGCUGGUGGUCUAUGGAAUCUCUCUGUCGGAGAAGAGCAUAAGAAUGCUAUUGCUCGGGCUGGAGGAGUGAAGGCACUGGUCGACCUUAUAUUUAGAUGGCCAAAUGGCUGUGAUGGAGUCUUGGAACGAGCUGCGGGAGCAUUAGCAAACUUAGCAGCAGAUGAUAAAUGCAGCAUGGAAGUCGCAACAGCGGGAGGUGUACAUGCUCUUGUGAUGUUAGCUCGGAAUUGCAAGUACGAGGGAGUGCAAGAACAGGCUGCUCGUGCUUUAGCUAAUUUGGCUGCUCAUGGAGAUAGCAACAAUAAUAAUGCUGCGGUUGGACAAGAAGCAGGUGCAUUAGAAGCUCUUGUCCAACUUACACAAUCGGCUCAUGAAGGUGUUAGACAAGAAGCUGCUGGUGCGCUAUGGAAUUUGUCGUUUGAUGAUAAGAAUCGAGAAUCUAUCGCUGCAGUUGGUGGCGUUGAAGCUUUGGUGGUACUCGCGCAGUCUUGUUCAAAUGCAUCAACAGGUCUUCAAGAAAGAGCUGCUGGUGCACUUUGGGGAUUAUCAGUUUCAGAAGCAAACAGUGUCGCGAUUGGACGUGAAGGUGGGGUUCCACCACUUAUUGCACUUGCACGGUCUGAAGCCGAGGAUGUACAUGAAACUGCAGCAGGAGCUCUAUGGAAUCUUGCUUUUAAUCCUGGUAAUGCACUCCGCAUUGUUGAGGAAGGAGGAGUUCCAGCUCUUGUUCACUUGUGUUUGUCUUCCGUCUCAAAAAUGGCUCGAUUCAUGGCUGCAUUGGCUUUGGCAUACAUGUUUGAUGGAAGGAUGGAGGAAUACGCUCUGAUGAUAGGAACUUCUUCAUCAGAAAGCACAUCUAAAAGCAUUAGCUUAGAUGGGGCAAGAACGAUGGCUCUUAAAAACAUUGAAGCUUUUGUUAAAACUUUCAUGGAUCCUCAAAUCUUUGCAGCUGCUCCUGUUUUAUCUACUCCUAUUAUGUUGGCACAAGUGACAGAGAGAGCUCGCAUACAAGAAGCUGGGCACUUGAGAUGCAGUGGGGCUGAAAUUGGAAGAUUUGUAACAAUGUUGCGUAAUCCUAAUUCGACACUCAAAGCAUGUGCUGCGUUUGCACUUCUUCAGUUUACAAUACCAGGUGGUCGUCAUGCAAUGCAUCACGCAAGCCUUAUGCAGAAUGGGGGAGAAGCAAGAUUUCUUCGUUCUGCAGCAGCAGCUGCAAAAACGCCUCGUGAAGCUAAGAUCUUUGUGAAGAUUAUCUUACGCAAUCUCGAGCAUCACCAAGCGGAAUCUUCCAUUUGAGCCUUUUAGAAAGAGAAAAAGAUAGUGAAAAGUCCCAUUUGACUUAGAUUACCUCUGUAUCUCAUCAAAUAGACAAGAAGCCAAAAGCCAAAAGCCAUACUGCAAAAACCAAACUUCUCAAGAUGCUUGCUUUUAUCAGACCCAAAGAAUGUUCUCUCUGUGACUUGUGUUCUUCUUUUAUCACGUUUUUGAUAAAUUUUCUGUAAUAACAACAUGUCCAAAGGAUUAGGAAAGUGGUUUCUUUAUAUCCUA